AUAUCAAUCAAUCAGGAAAGUAUCAUUGGUAUUCAAUGGAACAAACUCCUAAAGGAUCACCACACUGAUGGAAAUUAUAUUUAUGGAUAUGUCACAAGUGAGGCUAGUGUUUACACUGUGCUAGAGCUGCACAAACGACUCACAACAACAACUUUUAGUAUUCGUGAUUCAUCCUCUCUCCAGUUCAACCCAACAAAGAUUGACAAAGAUAAGGUUAAGUUCAGUCCUCGGUACAUCUUUUACUCCAAGUCCAGCAGUCCAUGCAUCCCUGAUGAUGGAGUUCCGUUUCUCUUUGGUGGCCGGAAGAUUCUGGAGUGUCAAUUUGGACCAAGGAAAGUCCGCCCAAGACAGGGUGAGGAGAAAGAAGCAAGUGACACGUUACCUGGCAACAACGAUGACAUUGUGUUAGACCAUGACUAUGGGCCAUCAUCUGGGCAAACAACAGUGACAAAUGACAGGCAGAGGUUUCACAUACAGGACACAAGAAAGAAAGGAUGCGAAGCAAAAAUCACCAUCAAACAAAUAUGCAGGUUUCCUCAGUAUGCGAUAUCCUGUAAGAAGAACCUGAACAGAGAGCAAAAAAAGACAAAGGAAAGACUGUUGAAAGACCUGAGAGAAGGGAAGGAAGUGGACAUUGAAAACAGAUACUACGUAGAGCUCCCGCUGAACAAAGCACACACAAAGCACACACUUGGGGGCGUCUCUGGCGUAGCACAGACAGUCCAUCCAACAAUCACUCAGUGGAUUGACCAGCUGGUAGGUGAGGGCAUGACAGACAGUCAGGAAAUCCAAGCCACUCUGAGACACUACGUGAAGACAAGAAUGACUGACACUGCUGCCCCAAGUGAACUGGACAGAGCCUUCUACCCUAAAUUGAAGGACAUCAAAAAUCACAUCUACCUUGCAAAGAUCAAACUGAGAAUCACAAAGCUUGACCAAGACAACUUUCGCCAAAAGCUGGAGGAUUGGAAGACAGAUGGCGCAUGUUCUUUUUUCCGACCAUACCGGAAUAACAACCCUACCACAAUAUCAGCAGCAGACCAGUCUGUCCAAGAAGGUCUAAUAGCAUGUGUUGAGAUGGAGACAGCUGAGCCUGACCCCACCCAACAUGAGUCUGAUGUAACAGAGCAGCCUCCUUCCUUCCCUGCCCCUGAAGAAUCUGAUGAAGUUGUGGACAGUGACGUUUAUGAGGAGACCCUCCUUUUUGUCCACCAGGAGAAGUGGCAGCAAGAUGUUCUGAAGCAACAUGGAAACACCAUUUGUCUCAUUGAUGCCACCCACAAAACUACUAAAUAUGAUCUGGCCCUUUUCUUUAUCUCUGUGCAAACAAACUGUGGUUACAUUGUGGUCGCUGUGUUCAUUGUACAGUCUGAAAAAGCCUGCCACAUCAAAGAAGCACUGAAAGUACUCAAGGAGUGGAACCCAGGUUGGGACCCCAAGUUCUGGAUGUGUGAUUUCAGCGAUGCAGAAUGCAAUGCACUACAGAGUGCAUUCCCCAAUACCCAGGUGUAUCUCUGUGAUUUCCACAGAGAGCAAGCGUGGACAAGGUGGGUAAGAAACAGCAAACAUGGACUGUCAAGAGAAGAAGGCGAGCAGCUGCUGCAUUUGCUUCGUGGCAUCACGGCUGCACCACCUGGAGAUACAGAAGUGGAUGAACACUACCAACGACAUGUAGGAAUCCUGAAGGCGUCAUCAUUGUGGAAGAAGCCUCAGGUGCGCGUGUGGUUGGAGUCGAAGUGGCUCAGCAUUCCUGAAAGAUGGGCCAGAGCCUUCAGGAACAGUACUUACCAUGCAGCAGUGGGCACUACCAAUCUGGUUGAGUCCCAAAAGAAAGUGCUAAAGUACAGUUACCUCAAGAAGGCAAAAGGAGAUAAGACAAUCAGCAGCAUCUUGGAUGUCAUUAUCAACCAUUAUCUCCCAGCUCAUCACCAAGAAUAUGUCUUUGCGCAAUACAACACAAGUGAAGAACACAGAUUAUACAAUGAAAAAGGUCCUAAAGUUUCUAAUGAGAACAGCCCAGCUGAAGAAGCACAGGAGCCAGAUGACAGGGGGGAAAUCUAUGCAGAGGCUAUACCAAGAAGGAGGACCAACACUCACCCUGAACCAGCAGCCAAUGAAAGUAGGAAGAGGGCACGUGAAGCACUGGAAACCCUGCAAGCAAUGAUCUGCAGCUGUGCAAAUGGCCCAGCACUGGAUACUCUGACAGCAGGGAUAGAGGCAUUAACCCAAUCCUUUAAAGAAUUCCUUGAUGAAUGUCCUGAAGGGCUGCCACUGCUGCCACACACCUGUCCACACUCACACAGUGGCAAGCAAAAAGGCAUGGAAACAGACCCAACACCUUUACCACUUGCAAAGUCAGCAACAAGAGACAGGAGUGAUUACACUUACAGAGGCGGGUGUGGGGUGAAGGCCGAUGCAGCAAGGGAGAAACCGAAGACAGUGAAACCGGCGCAGGGUUCCAGUGACGGGCCUGAGGCAAAGAAAGCCAAAAUCGACCCCAAUGAGACCACCAUGGUCAAAAAGACGGCCAGUUUCUGCUCGCUGAAGGAGGCUCUGGAGGUCGACUGGACGAGCGAGAAGGCCAAGGCGUCUCUGAAGCGCACACCGGUGGACUACUUCCUGCUGCACGUUCUGUUGAAGUUCCGCACAGACAAAGGCCGCGACCCCGACCCACAAUCCUUUGCAGAGGACAGUCAGCUCCUGAGGCAGAUCCGCGACGACGUGCUGGAGUCGCUGGCGGUGAGCGGCGACCUGCUGAGCGACGACUUCGUCAGUUACUGCUUCUCUGAGAUGUCGCCGGUGUGCGCUGUGGUGGGCGGAGUCCUGGGACAGGAAGUUGUCAAGGCUCUCUCCCAGAGGGACGCCCCGCACAGGAACUUCUUCUUCUUCGAUGGUCGUAAAGGCAACGGCGUGGUUGACUACUUUGGACCCAACUAAAUGACACAGAGCCUUCACUGGCCGUCGAGUGGAGAGGCACCAGACAAUACGCUCACCCACCCACCCACACACACACACACACACACACACACACAGAAGAGACCAGCAAGCUUUCAUCAGAUUAUUUCUCUAAUCACCUGGUCCAGCAGUUCAAGCCCAUGUCUCAUUAGAAGUUUUUGUCAUUUGGUCUGUUCCCUUUACGUCUGAACAUUGAAUUUUACAGUGUCGGUCUUCACACAGUGGGUUUUUUUGCUUUUUCUAAUAAAAACUGUUUGAUAAAAAGA